AGAUCAAAGGUGUGGUUAAAAAGGUGUGAAUUUGUUGCUGAAUUAGAAAAGGAACGGGGUUUGGAGAAAAGGGAUUUAAGAAAAAGAAAAGAAAUACCAACGAAAGACAAGGACGAUGAUACGGAAUCAGAUAAUAAAUAUAAAAAAGGGAAAAAACAGAGAAAAAUUUAAUUAAAUUAGUAACGAAAGAUCGAAUGAUAGGUAGAAUUACAGAAGGAAUAUCAAUCAAAAAAGAUUGGCAUGCUAUAGUUAAAUUAGUUUAGUUUUUAGAAUAGAUUAUAUAAUUUUUGUAUUAGUUAUUGUUUAAUAUUUUCUAGGUGGUUUAAAAAAAUGUAAUCAAAAUU